CAAAUCGCAAUGCGUAUUAAUACGGCCAAAAAUUACGGCUAUAUGAUGUUACCCGACUCCUCUUCUCCAAUCUCCUCUAUCUCUUUUUGAGACAAAAAACCCUGCAACGAAGUCAGCCGCCGGAAGCAGUAAGGUUUACUCCCUCUCUGUAUCGAAAUCUCUCGCUGGAAGGUAAUCUGAAGUCAAUGGGUAAGAAGCGGAAACACAGCGAGGUAAUGGCUUCAGAACCUAAGAAGAAAGAUGGAACUGCUCCAGAGAGACCUAAACGGACCCUUGUGGGGUGGAAGAAUAAGGUUGAGGAGAAAGAAACUGAUUCUUUAGUUUUUAGGAACAAAGAGAAGGUGUUGGUCACAUGCUCUCGUCGCAUCAUUUACAGGUACCGGCACCUGAUGUUGAAUAUGGUGUCGCUUUUGCCUCAUUGCAAGAAAGAUAACAAGGUAGAGUCCAAAGAGAGCAAAGGGGCCACUCUGAAUGAACUUGUUGAGCUGAAAAACUGCUCUUCGUGCCUCUUUUUUGAGUGCAGAAAGCAGAAAGAUCUUUACCUCUGGAUUGCCAAGUGCCCUAAUGGACCAUCUGUAAAAUUUUUGGUUAAUGCUGUGCACACAAUGGAAGAAUUGAAGCUUACUGGAAAUCAUCUUAAAGGUUCACGGCCGAUUUUAACUUUUUCCUCUAAUUUUGAUAAAGAUCCUCAUUGGAAGCUUUUGAAAGAGAUAAUCUUGCAGGGUUAAAGCUAAAGGGGACGG